CAAGACAGAAUAAAACUGUUGCAUAAAAUGUAAAUUUUACUAAAUACAGUAACCAUAAUGCAAGUGCUUGGCAUAUAAAAGUGACUGGUACUUCUGGAGAAUGCGAUUACGCGUGCCAGCUCCCAUCGAUACACAGAUACGCCCGCAAUCGAUUGCCCGUGUUUAAAUCAAAUCAACAAACAGAGCCUAUUUAAUAUCAGUUUAGCUCCAGAGAUGGCGACACCGGCAGCAUCUGGGGAUGGUUUUGGCGACCUUGUGUCCCAUUAUCUGGAUAAGGGAAUAGUGUUGAUUAUUGCCGACUUGCUCAGUUUAAUAACUGUCUCCUCCUGUCUGGUGAUUAAAGUGCCGCAAAUCAACACAAUACGGGAAAACAAAUCCUCAAAAGGCAUCAGUGUGUUGGGAUUAUGUUUGGAACUAUUCAGUUAUACUGUGAUGAUGUCCUACAACUACACAUCCGGUUAUGACUUCCUUUCGUAUAUGGAGUAUCCUGUGUUGUUGCUGCAGGAAUAUGUGCUCAUCUAUUAUGCUUUCAAGUAUCAGGAUUUGCUGGGAAAGCGCACACAAAUCUUUGCCAUAUUCUAUGUUACCAUAGCGACACUUAUAUACCUUAAGCUAUUCCCCAUUAUCAUCCUUACGUUCCUGGUGCCUUUCUGCACUCCAAUUGGAGCCACGAGCAAGGUGCUCCAAUUGAUAGCCAUACUACGCUCAAAGGACGCCAGCUCCGUCAGUCGCACCACAUGGGCUUUGUCCGCCUUCACCAACAUGACCCGCAUUUACACUGUGUAUGUGCAGUCUUUUGAUAUGAUGCUGCUCUCCAAUUUCUUCAUAUCCACGUUCCUCAGUUCAGCUGUUUUUGCCGCUGCCUGCGUCUACAAGAAGAAGACAAAGAAGGAAUAGAAAGAAGCACACUUAAAUUGACAACUCCAUUAUGAACAUAAAUACUCAAACGACUCGUGAUUGCAAUUUGUUAUCAGUCAUUUACUAUUAACUAUUUAAAUUCAUAUGUUUAUUCAAA